UAUAGUCGCAGAACGAGGAGGACGUCAGCAUACUCAUUUUCCGUCUUUAAUCCCUAUGCAAAUUUGGCACUAUUGACAAUUAAAAGCACACUUUGCACGCAGAACACCUCGCUGGGUUAUACAUUAGUUUCUUUCCGUCCGUUCUAUGGAUUUGCUGCAGCUUCUGUCAUGGGCCUGCAUCGUGUUCACAGUCGGGAUGUUCUCGACUGGACUGACCGACCUAAAGACGAUGAGAGAAACCAAAAGUGCUGACAAUAUCCAGUUUCUCCCUUUCCUCACCACUUGUCUUAAUAACCUGGGAUGGUUAUACUAUGGGACCCUGAAGAAAGAUCAGACAAUUGUUCUGGUCAACGUUAUUGGGGCUUUACUCCAGAUCCUUUACAUCGUCGUGUAUAUUGGCUACACUAAACAAAAGAGGCUUGUGAUGUCCCAGACCCUUGUGGCAGGGACGGUGCUGGUCUGCGGGUGGUUCUACUUCACCACAUUUCUUCCUCAGGGGGACAUUCGGCUCAACCAGCUCGGCCUCACCUGCAGUAUGGUCACCGUCAGCAUGUACCUGUCCCCACUCACAGACCUGGUACACAUCAUACGCAGUGGUAAUGUGCAGUGCUUGUCCUUCCCUUUGACUGUAGCCACCUUCUUCACUUCCACCUCCUGGGUGCUCUACGGCCUCCAGCUAGAUGACUAUUACAUAGUGGUUCCAAACACACCAGGAAUCCUCACCAGCCUCAUCAGAUUUUACCUGUUUUGGAGAUUUGCAUCUGUCAGUCAAAGCUCAUCUCCAUAUAAGUCCAUGCACAUGUGAGAAUACAAGGAAAACAGUUAUGACAAGGGAAAAACACGACAGCUCUGUUACUCCAUCAAAGGCGGCAGCAAAGUUUUCUUAUCACUCACUUUGUCUUCACUAUAGAGGAAGACGGAGUGGUAUAGGUGGAAACAAACUGUUACCAGUCACUCCACUUCUACAAUGGAGAUACUGUCUGAAAUAUGUUGUUUUAGUCCAUUCAGAAUGGUAAGUGGAGCACAAGUAUGUAUCUAAAAUGAUGAAUUUCAACAGAUUAUUAUGUUACUUUUUUGUGUUUGUUAAACCUGUGACCCAUAUCUUCUCUGUGUCCUUGAAGUGCCUUCUGUUAGAUGAAGUUUGCCAUUACAUCUCAAUGGCAUGUCAUAGUGAACUAGGGUUGAAGGGCAGUUGAUAUCUGUGCUCAAUCCUGUAAACUGGAUUGAAUCUCACUGGCCAAAGAUUCUUGUGGAGUUGUAACUUGCUCGCUGCUAUUGUGUCAUUGCAUAUAUGUUUUAUGUUUUCUCUUCAGUUGUAUGGAACCCUACAGCAUCUAGUUUAAAGUUUUUUUAACCCCAGACUGGUGUUGUAGGGGUGGGGGGUGUCAUAUGUCCAGAGUGAGAACUUAGUACUCAUGCCUUAUCUGUACCUGUAACCCUUUGUAGACAGGACAUUGACCGAUAUCAGUGGCAGUAAAUAAUGCUUGUUCAGGGUAGUUUUCUAUACAUUUUAUAUGUGAAAUGUUUUGAUACAGACUGUUUUUGGUGUCUCACUUUCAUGCUAUUUUUUAUAAACUAUUCUACAAGAGAUUAAACAAAAUGUACGGCAAGUGAUCAUCAUAAGGUUUGUUUACAAAACUGAAUGGUGUUUGUUUUUCUUGUGCCUGGUUAUGAUAGGCAAUAGAGUCUAAGAUGGCUCUCUAAAUUAUUAUUUGUAAUAGCAACAUAUGUUAUGCAAAUUAAAUAGCUGAGUGCCAGUGCUGAUUCAUUCACUUCCAAAGGAUGUACGAUCUUAAAAGGUACCUUGUAAAUAUAUUUUUGCUUUAUCCAAGAA